GCCUCCUGCUGUCGUCACAGGUUGAGAUACUGUUAGGUAGAGACACAGUUAGUCAGGAGUACAGCACUGUGAUAACGUUCGUUGGCUUGUGUGUCGAAAGGUUACAGUCGUCGUGUUGAUUAAAAGACGUCUAGUUUUGGAUUGCUGUUAUGUGAUUUGAGAUGACCAGUGAUAUUUCCAGGGAUUCAAUAAGAGAAAUGGACGCGUCAUCUUCCUAUACAUUCGGUUCAGAGGGCUACAGCCCGAGUUUCAAACGCCGUCGGACCGUAGAGGAUUUUAACAAGUUCUGCACCUUCGUGUUGGCCUACGCCGGGUACAUCCCCUACCCUCAGGAGGAGGCGCCACUGAGGAGCAGCUCCAGCCCGCCCAACAGCACUGGCAGCACCGCGGACAGCGACGGCUGGGAGACCCCGCGAUGCGACCGCGACCCUGACCACGACCGCGACCCCCCCUCCGGCAGCGACCCGCCCCGGCCCAAGAAGUGCAAGAGCUUCGGCAGCGGGCCGCAGGGCCCGGAGAAGCGGGCCGGGGGGGGCCGCCCUGCGCCCGUCAAGCGCUCCAAGCCCUCGGGCCUCCUGCUGGACGGCAGGCAGAAGACCGACAAGGUGAAGAAGAAGAAGAAGCUGAGGAGGAGGGAGGGCGGGGAGCCGAGGACGCCGCUGCCGCCGCCGCCGCCGACCGUCAAACCCGAGGCCAGUCCGCCCUUCACGGGGCGGCCGAUCAAGGAGGAGCCCGAGGACGACUUCAGCACCUCCACCCCGUACGGGCGCGCCCACGACCCGCACACGCACACCCCUGACCCAUACGCUCGCACCCCUGACCCAGGGCGAUCAGGGGCGGCGGCAGGCUUCGGGCCCAGUCCCAUCGGGCGCUUCGCCCCGGACACGCCCGGAUUCGCCGUUCGCUGCAAGGAGGAGCCGGACGCGGAGCUGCCCUGCUGGGAGCCCAGCACCUCCAGAGGUCUGGAGUCUCGGGCCGCCGCCCGGGAGGAUGAAGAUGAGGAUGACGAUGAGGACGAGGACGAGGGGGUGGCGGUGAAGGUGGAGGGGUUGCCCGGGAAACGAACUGUGAUCCGACAGGGCAAGCAGGUGGUGUUCCGGGAUGAGGACGGCUCUGAGGACGAUGAGGACAUCAUGGUCGACUCGGACGACGACUCCUGGGACCUGGUGACCUGUUUCUGCAUGAAGCCCUUCGCUGGACGGGCCAUGAUCGAGUGCAACCAGUGCAACACCUGGAUCCACCUGUCCUGUGCCAAAAUCCGCAAGUCCAACGUCCCCGAGACGUACGUGUGUCAGAGGUGCAGGGACGCAAAGUUCGACAUCCGGCGCUCCAACCGGUCCCGCAUGGGGUCCCGGAAGCACCUGUUGGAUUGACCCCCCCCCCCACUUCCCAAACGCUCCCUGCCAGAGUUUUGUACGUACCUAAUGGCAGGGGUUGGGAGAAAACAGACUCCACAGUUUAGACUGAAUCAGCCACGCAUUCGAGCACACGAAUCGGUGCGUGAGUGUUUUCCUAAAGACGUUUGUGCGCAAGGCAAUCAGUACUGGUCAGAUGAAAUCUACAGCAUUAAACCAGCCGGCUUUGACUGUUGAGGCGGAUGUCUUGAAUGGACUCCAGGAGGAGUGAUGUAGAGCAACUCGGGUGGAUGUGACCUCUGGUACAGAAUGGAGGGGGACGGCUGGAAUCGGUAUGGUGGUGAUUGGUGCACUUUUUAAGAGGACGAGGAGGGUUGGUCACAAACUCCUUACAUAUUGCGGUUUCAGUGGUGCCGUUAUCGGAUCCUUGUGUUAAUAACUUAGUGAUGAUAACUCGAGACUUGAUUCCUUGAUACUUCCAAACACCCCAAAUAAUUCUUGCGUAUCCUCUGAUGUUCACCUUUUUGAUGGAUUUUCGUCCCCCUUUGUCUUUUCUCCUCCCUUAGUCAUAAUCAUAAAAAGGAGAACCUGUUUAAUACAUUGUUGGAUUUUAUUCAUUUUUUUGUUUUGUAUGGAUUUUGAAAAUGUCUUGAUUCUAAAUGCAAAUGCUUUGUUUUUAAUGGUAAAGCUAGUGAAGAAGCAGACUGUCAGUCUGCCCUGAAUUUGAUUGGUCCGUUUGUGACAGCUGUGAAACUGAACUGAUGUCAUAGCUGGUCGUGGGUGCAGUUGUGCCUUUCUUUAACCUGUGGAGUUAGGCGUGGGCUCUACCUGUGUGUAUCUUUUUCCGUUUCCUUACAUUGUCUUGCACGCAGUGUUCUGCCAUCCAGCCAGAAGCUUUAGUGUAAACUUUAACCUUUUCAGAGAUUGUUCAUGUUCAUUUUUUGUGUUCAUACUGUGUUUUUUUUUGUUUUUUAUUAUUCCCCUUGUUUUUGUUCAGCCAGGCACUUGAAGCUUGUUCGCAUCACUUUUGUGUCUAUAGGAUAAAGAUUAAUGAGCCUGUACUGGGGGAAGGGCUAAAUUUCCUGUUGUCGGUUUGUUCUAGAACCACACAGCUGUUGAAACGUGUAAAAAAUGUAUAAAAUCUACUGCAGAACGCAUUUUAAGGAAACUUUAAAAAGGAUUAGUUGCCAGCAGCAUAUGCUUUUCUUCUUUAGUUUUUAUUUGCUUAUGUUUUUUUCACCCACAACACUGGACAGCAAAUGUGUCAUUUGGAGUGUUAAUUGGUCAGUGUUUAUAAAGGACGCCUGUGGUUUAGUCAGAGGGAUGGGUUGCCAGGUGAUUCAGUUCACACUACUUUUUAUGGGCUGCAGUGGGAGCACCUGUUGCAAGUAUCUUGGUGUGUGCAACAAUCUUGGGUUUGUCAUUUUACACAGUAGCACAUUGGGGGGCUGGCUUCUUGCCAACAAAACUGGAAAGAACUAACUCUGCUGGGAUGUAAGUCUUGUUUUGGGUGGGUGGCUGGUUAAUCUAGAGGACCACUCAAUGUAACCCCCCCCCCCACAUCAACGUUUGCCUUUCGAUAGACAGCCACAAUACGUCUUGUCAGCACACCCUUCCCAUCAGCCUUGUUAAAACCCUUCACUCCGAGCUUCCAGGUGUUCUAAUCUCCGCUUUGGCGCUCGGCCAAUAGGAAGAGCCAGAGUCGUCUCUUUACACGGCGAGGGAGAUCGCAGCGUCCAAUCGCUGCUCGGGAAUCCGUGUGCUGAGCCUAUCAGCAGUCACCUCUCUCCCGUUGGCAGGAAUUUGCUUAUGUUCGUUUGCAAGCUAAAUGCUGCCAUUUUUAGGUCAGGCGUGUUCUGUUUUCUUAUAAGAGAGUCUUCUGAAGGCAGUUCGUAUGGGUGAAUUCUUUUUCUCCUCUUUUGUCAUUCAUUUAACAGGAUAGUGUUGGUGGGCGUGUGCAUUGUUUUGAGCUGUCUGAUAUAACUGGAUGUAAAUUAGGACAAACAGGAUAAGUUGAUUUUCAGUGGUUAAAGUGUAAAGUUUAUACCGUGUCAUUUGUGUAAUCUACUGUCAGGUUUACCAAAAAGGACAUUUUAUCGCUUUCUGUUUUUCAGAGAAAUCAUGAGAUGUUUUGUACACAGUGUGACAGCACAAAUGAGGAGUUAUCUGCUUUCUAGUUAGAUUGGAAAAGUGGGGCCAUGGAGAGCCGUUUCUGUGAAACUGCCUAUUGUAAUUUGUUGUAAAUAAAGAUCUAAUGAUUUUAAUCAA